AUUUUAAGGUAACAGGACUGCCACAUUGGCUAGAAAAAUGAGGGUCGUUCCAUCUUUGUUUAUUUUCAUAAUCUGUGUAUUCAUUUCAUCGGGACAACGCCCUAACCCUUUCCCGAAAGGUUGCAAAGCGCAGAUUGACGUCGUUUUUGUAAUCGAUGGAUCAGACAGUAUCUCCGAGUCAGAUUUCCAAACCCUUCGUACGUCCAUUUCCAGAAUAGUUGACGGCUUUCAUAUUGGCUCUGGAGAAACCAGGAUGGGCAUCAUCGUUUACAGUAAAGGUGUUGCCUUCUCUGUCCCGCUCUCAUACGAUCCGGUGUAUCUAAAAGAUCAAGCCAGCAUCAUGCCUCAUCCUAGAGAGGGUACCAACACCCACCUUGGUAUAGAGGAGAUGAUAGAUAUGUUUAAAAAAGACAAACGGGAUGGGGUUCCUAUGGCUGGUGUGGUGGUCACUGAUGGGAUAUCUAAAGAAAAGGAAAAAACCCUACUUCAGUCAAGAUUAGCUAGAGAUUUGGGUAUUAACAUGUUCUCGGUGGGCGUCGGUCGUUACACGGAGGAAGAGGAACUAAGAGGAAUCGCUUCGAAUCCUGAUCAGGCUAUCAAAGUGGAAUCCUUUGACGAACUGCUGAAGAUUUUAUCAGAACUUGUGCAGUUAGUUUGUCCAAACAAAUGUAUGAUGCCUGGUGUCAUUGCCUACCCCAACGACGUAUCCAAAAACUGUAGACUCUACUGGAAGUGUGAGGGUGAGGAAUCAAAGCUCACCUGUUGUCCCAGAGGUUUCUCUUUCUCGGCACCAGCCCAGUCCUGUAUACCUGAUCCCAAAUGCGUGGAACCUUGCGGAGACGAGGGUCCCAUCUGCAAUAAAAGACCAUCCGUAUACCAACCCACGAUAUAUGAAGAACUUAUUGAAGGUUACGGGUGGGUCCAAAGGUCAUGUCCACCUGGGACGGCUUAUGACCGGGUCACCUGUGGCUGUACGAUAACCCAGACCCCUCCUCCUCCUAGAAGAGUUUGUAGAGUUUUAGUUCACAUUCCAUUUGAUAUUGACUGUGUUGAUACAUCGGGUAACGGCUUUCUAAUAAAAAAUCAUGGAGUCAAGUUCACAAGAACAGGGUUAGCCCUUUUCGAAGGUAAAGCCAAACUCGUGAUACCGAACAUACAAAGGUACCUCGGAUCCAACUUCCUGGUCAAAAUGAGAUACAAGGAGUUUCCUAGCUUUGAAACCCAGGGCCUUCUCAGUAACGGAGAUUGCUACACCCCCAUGACCCUUCAACUGAUCAAAGAUUCAAUACGUCAUACUUACAAGAUUGAGAACUCAUAUAGGCAACGCACGGGGUUUACUAUUCCUACCAAUUUCAAACCAUGGAAUGAAGUGACGUUUAGCCAUGAUGGGAACACUCUAGCUGGAUCCGUGAAUGGUAUUCAGAACGAGAAGAGGUCCAAUGGACCAAUUCAGAGAACGCCGUAUGGAAUUUCCAUCGGGUUCGUGGAUGGGUACAAGCAUUUCCAGGGAUAUAUGGACUAUGUCACAAUUUAUAAAUGCGCCAAUAUGAACGUGUACAACAAAUUUUUCGAUUGUAGAAAGCCUUAUGACAUAUACUUUGUCAUCGACGGUUCAGACAGUAUAAGCGAUAGGGACUUUUACUUACUACAGAAAUCCAUUUCGAGCCUUGUCGAUGAUCUGAACAUAGGAGAAGGCAAUGGACGCAUGGGGAUGCUUGUUUACAGCAGUUCCAUCGCUACUAUGGUUGAACCGUCAACCGACAAAGACUACCUGAAAGGACACGCCAUGUCACUGCCGCACCCCCGAGAAGGGACAAACACAGCGGCGGGUAUAAAGACUAUGGCAGAAAUCUUUGGCGUGGCUAGGAGGCCUGGUGUCCCACAAAUCGGGGUUGUGAUCACAGAUGGCGAGUCCAUUUCACCAGCGGAAACGGCACGACAAGCUCGAAUCGCAAAGGAUCUUGGGAUUACUAUGUACGCUGUUGGUGUUGGGAUAUCAAACUUUACUAAUUCAAGUGACCUGUACGCCAUUGCAUCUUCGAAUGCCAAUAUUCUAUCCGUGGAUUCGUUUGGGUCUUUAUCCAAUAAAUUGCAAGAAGUUGUACGACUUGUUUGUCCAACUACCACUAGCACCACCAGCACCACGCCAAUACCAACAACAACUCCCACCCCCACCACAACGCCAGAGGGAGCUACUCCACCACUUCCGCCCACAAUGGCGCCAGGUAUAGGGCCCUGUGACAACUGUAAAAUGAUCAAUGGAAUUGGCUUUAAUCCUCACCCUGAUGACUGCGAUAAGUUUGUGCAGUGUUACUUCGGCACAAAGGGACAGCUUCGGGUGGCUUACCGGCAGUGCCCGUUCGGACAAUACUGGGACCAGAGUGUUCUUACGUGUCGCCCUUCUGAAUACGUGGAAUGUGAAAAAGAGAAAUGUCGAAACUUACGAAUCAAAUCAUACGCAUACAGUAACACCGAUAAUUGCCGAGUCCACUGGGCUUGCAAUUUGGGAAAGGCAACGGCAACUUGUUGCGCCGAGGGUUCAAGAUACGUACCAUACCGAGGCUGUGUGGAGGACUCCAAAUGUAAGGAUGUAUGUCCCCCGACAUUCCAUCAAGAGGGGCCAUGCGACACUAGAAUGAUAUUCAACAAGCCGAACAAAUUUGAGCAGUACGUGACCGGUUUUGGUUGGGUCGAAAUGCCCUGCGCUCCAGGAACCCAGUUCGACCCUAACACAUGCCAGUGCUCUCUGCAUGAUUCGUUCCUACCAGGAAAACAAUGCAAAGCGGAACUAUUCAUUCCGUUCAGCAGUGACACCAAUGACUAUUCGGGAAACAACAUCUAUGUGGAGAAUCAAAACGUGUCCGUUCUAGGAAAUGGUCUUGGUUAUUUCAACGGCGAGAGUCGACUUAUAAUCAACCGCUUCGCCAAUAUCGACUUUUACACCGAUAUAGUGGUCAAGAUGAGAUUCCUCGAAGACACACAAGCGACCGGCCUUCGCGCCAUGUUUAGCAAUGGCGACUGCUGCGACAAUCCGGCUACCAUGAUGAUGGUCAGUAGCAAAGCCAAUCUCCAUUUCAUGGCGAAAACAGAAGUUAAGAAAAACAAUACGGCGAUUGAUAGAAUUACAACAUUUCAUAUCCCAGUCAUGUAUGGAAAUUGGAACGAGGCAUACUACAUGCAUAACACAAUGUCCUUGGAAGGAAAAGUGAAUGGAAUCGGUCUAGAAAAGAUGGCGUACGGACCGAUCAAGCGAUCUCAGGCGGCUCUUCAUAUAGGGUACGGAAGAGGGUUCCAGAAUUUCAAGGGUCACAUGGACUAUGUAGCGGUGUUCCUUUGUAGACCAAAGUAUUUGUAAGGAAAUCCACCCCAGUCCGCGUCUUUACUGUGAUAUUGUUUUUCGAAACAGACACUUCGAAGUUUCUUUUAAAAUCAUGUGCAAUAGCUUUCUUACAGGUAUUUUUUUUUUAGAUGUAUGCUCAAUUUGUUUAAGUUUAUUUAUUAUUUGUUAUGUUCUGCUUUAUUUAUUGGUGUAAUUUACUAUUUAUUUGCUU